AGAUCACCCGGCGCGCAAUGUGGUCACGCCGCGGGCGGUGCAGGCUGUUAUGAUUGCUUUUGUUGUUGUUGUUCUUGCGCGCUCCUAAUGGACUGCAUCCAGAUGAACACACGUACGUACGGAACACAAACCAUAUGCACCUCGAGCAAGUCCAAGCCCGCCCUGUGCUGGUCCGUGGCCGAUUGAUGGUGCUGGCAUGCGGCGGUGCAGGCGCAAGAACAAUGCGGACGAGACGCAGUACCGGUUUGUCGCCACACCGUAUGCGCCGCUGCAUGAUGAUCUCUCAGGCCCAGUGUUCAAGAAGCGAGAAAAAUCAUACCACCUGCAACCUGUCGCCAUCAAAAAUUUUUAUCUCAGCCUUGGGCAAACGCGCUGGAAAAUUUCUAUUUCUGGCAGCCAGCCCCGGCAGCCUAGCGUCGCCGCUGGGCACACAAGCUUGACGAUUUCUCCCGCUGUUUUUUCUGUGGGCGAUCCCAAACACAUUGGAUAUGCAAGUUUCUAUUCGCCAGGCCCGCGCUGCAGCGGAUGAUUAUUUCUUACAUGCCCACCAAAGUUGUUUACACUUAGAGCCGGGCUUCCUGCCUGAGCGCUCGGGCAUCAACCGCGGGUCGCUCUCCCCCACCAUCGAUACCAC